AUACCGCGCAUUAUAAUCCUCAUUACGAUAAUAAUUCAUAACAAUAAUCAACAAUCUAAAUUCCGAACAACUCCCAGGAAAAAAAAAAAUUAAAAAGUGCACACCCAUCGAUAAAAUAUCAAAUACGUCGUAAAUAAAUCCGUGCUCUAUGAAUAAAUCGUCGUGCAGUUGAUUUGAUGAAUAAAAUCAUAAAAUAACCAUGUGAUGUGCUAAAAUCAGCGAGAGUGCGCGUGAAACACUAGAUUGUGAUUGCAAAUAAAUGAAAAACAUCCUAAAAUCAUCGAUAAGUGAAUGCACAAAUCCAUGCUAAUCAAUUGAAAUUAGUGAUUAAAUAGAUAAAUUAAUUUUCACGUUGACACGUGACAAGAUGCCAAGUGAGAACUGAUAAACCGAUAUAAUCGAUAAUUUAUGGAGUUUGUUGAAUUGUCACGUGGAUUAUUUACCGAUUCAUCACGCAUGGAAUUGAGGGAGUGGAUUUAUCGGGGGGUGGUGUUGCACCUUCGUGACAGUGAUAUUGUGUCAAGGCCGUAGUGAUAACAGCGAAAUUUUUUUCUAUUAUUUCCCUCCCCGGAGACAUUGGAAAUAACGAGUGACAAUGGGAAGAGUGGAUCCGAGAAAAUACUAUUUUUAGAUAACGAUUGGAAGGGGGUUUUUUUUUUUAUCAACCCCCCCUGUGUCCAGGGGGUGGGGGGUGGGUCGCAUCGGCCCGACGGAGGUGAUUUUUCAAAUUUUUCCAUUCUUCUAUUUGGGGUUUGGGAUUUUCAAUCGCAUUGGGGGACAUUCAGAGACUUUUUGGAGGGAUGUCGAGGAGAAAACAGGCACGACCUAGCCGUGCCACUCUUGAGGAGGAGGGUGGAGGGAGAAAUAAUCCACUGGAGUGUAAUGAGGAGAGCACAACGCAAGAGGAUAAUGAAACGGGUUCGGAGAGUGAAGAGCCAGGGCGUGUACCGGGUGAAGAUCCCGUGGAUCUGACGUCGAAUCGUUCCCACCAAGAGGACGACGACGACCGUGAGGAACUACCAAUGGAGGAAGACGAGGAAGAGCUCCCGGAGGAGCUCCCCGAGGUAUUUGAACCAGAGGAGGACGAAGAGGGUAACCGCAAACAAAUGAGAAAUCGCCAAGACGCGGAGAACAAUAACAGCUUCAUCGAGGGCGGUGCCUCGGGGGGUUUUGCACCAGCUGCUGGUUGUACAAGUCACGUGACCCUCGAGGCACUUCAAAACACUAAAGUAGCAGUCGCACAAUUCGCGGCAACAGCCCUAUCGAGUGGUGCUGAUCCAGAGGCAGCUCUACAGGAUUUGGCUCUCCUUCAGAGUACCCUGUACACCCUCCAACACCAGCAGGUAUUUCAAUUGCAAUUAAUAAGCCAACUGCAACAGCAACUAUCGAUAACCCACGGACCGGGUGCAAGUGGACAGCCAUUGUUGCCACCAGAAGGUGACAGCAAAGAAACACCAACGGAAUCGCCAUCACCAACAAUUCACCCAAAGCCACUGUCAAGCUUAACGUCCCCACCCACAUCGCGUCCCUCAAGUCAUCAUACCCAUCACAUGUCAACGUCGACAGUAUCAGUAACAACGUCAACAUCACCAGUGACAGUGACCUCUGGCUUUACCCAAGAUCGCCCAAACUCGAGUAGCGUAUCACCAAUUGGCAUAACCCUGCCCUCAUCCACACUACCCUCAUCAACAACCACUCCAACAAUCCCCGUAGACACCUCAAGCACCUUAACACCAACGAGUACAACAACAACAACCCUGUCCCACCACAUGCCACCGUCGCUGUGCUCGAUAAGCUCCUCCCUCGCAUCAACAAUAAUAACGAACAACGAUCCACUACCACUGAACGAGCCAAAUACCCUCGAGAUGCUCCAGAAGCGUGCACAAGAGGUCCUCGAUAAUGCAAGCCAGGGUCUACUUGCCAAUAAUUUGGCUGACGAAUUGGCAUUCAGAAGUGGUAAAGGCUCGCGUCUAUCGCCAUACGAUUCGAAAUCAUCGGGUGGACGUGGUGAGCCCUUCUUCAAACACCGGUGCCGCUACUGCGGCAAAGUAUUUGGCAGUGAUUCAGCUCUCCAGAUACACAUAAGAUCGCACACAGGUGAGAGACCAUUCAAAUGCAACGUCUGUGGCAGCCGUUUCACGACAAAGGGCAAUCUAAAGGUACACUUUCAGCGUCAUACAGCCAAAUUUCCACACGUCAAAAUGAAUCCCAAUCCCGUGCCUGAACACCUAGACAAGUAUCAUCCACCACUGCUACAACAGUUGGCAGCAUCCGGCCAAAGACCCCUGCCAUCGCCACCACCGCCAUCGGGACCAACGGGCCCACCAACAUCAGGGAGUAGUAUGUCACAUCACACACCGUAUCAUCCAUCAACAGCCCACGGUUUUAUUCCACCUCAACCGCCUCUACCACUGAGUCUCACUCUGCCAGCAGCAGCUGCUGCCAUAGCAGCUGGUAUGCCCAGUCUCUACCACCGUGUACCAAUGAUCCCGCGACCUGAUCAAGAUCAGGAGACACCGGAGAAUUUGAGUAAGACGAUAGCCAAUUCAGGACCUCCAGCGAUAGGUUUACCAGCGUCAACAACAUCACCCUCACCAGUCCACUCACCAAAAUCCCCUAUUCCCAACAACACAAGUCAACCACAUACGUUUCAAGAUCGAGAGGAGCGUCUUGACGCCAUAAAGCGAGAGCACAGGGCGUCACCAGUGAUCGAGGCGAGGCCGCCAAGUCAGAGUAAUGAGCCUCUGAUAACUCUCAAGAAAGAGCCAGAAGACCCAGAGGAAGUGAUCGAAGAGGAGCCUGAAGAGUUUGACACAUCAUCCCCAAGAUCACGUUACCUCGAUCAACCCCUGACGGCGUCACCUCAACCAACACCGGACAGAAUGACACAACAGAACUACGAAGACUGUAGUAUGGAUAGUAGCAAAGCUAGCGGUAGAUUAGAGCCUGACGAGGACGAGGGUGACGAGGAGAUGGAGGAGCAACCUGAAAAUCUCUCGGGUAGGGGAACAGGUAGACUGGGUCCAGCCAGCUAUCAUCCAUCGGGAGCAUCACCAGCGAGCAGUACAGCAAGCAGUGGAAGCUUGCAAACGUCCUUCGCUGGGUUACUCUUUCCUCAAGUCACUGGUCCAGCCUCAGGCCCAGUUCAACAACUCCCACCCCACCUGUCCUCCGCCCCUCAUCAUCCAGGUGUCAACGUCAGUGAAAGUAUGAUUGUCGAUCCAGCCAGAGAUCCAGCCAUCUAUUCGAGUCUUCUACCACGUCCCGGUAGCAAUGACAACUCCUGGGAGAGCCUAAUCGAGAUAACAAAGACAUCCGAGACAUCCAAACUUCAGCAACUCGUCGACAAUAUCGAGCACAAGCUAACAGAUCCAAAUCAAUGCGUGAUAUGCCACAGAGUUCUUUCCUGCAAAAGUGCACUGCAGAUGCACUACAGAACGCACACCGGUGAACGCCCCUUCAAGUGCAAAAUCUGCGGUAGAGCAUUCACAACCAAAGGCAAUUUGAAAACCCACAUGGGAGUUCACCGAGCAAAACCACCCCUCCGGGUCCUCCACCAGUGUCCAGUGUGUCACAAAAAAUUCACAAAUGCCCUAGUUCUUCAACAACACAUACGCCUGCACACAGGGGAACCAACCGACCUCAGCCCCGAGCAAAUUCAAGCAGCGGAAGUCAAUGAAUUUCCACCAGGCUAUCCACCCCAUCCCCUCGCCUCCUUCCUACCAGGUGGUUUCCCCAAUCUUCAUCCACCAGGCGCUUUUCCCAUGGCUUUUCCACCGAGGCAUCCAGCAAUGGAUCGGCACCACCAAGAUCCUGAAAUGGACAUGAAAGAUCUCCGACCGCAAAUGCCAAAUAUCCCGAUGAAUCAGAGGUACGUGGAUGAGUCCGAGGAUAUGGAUGACCAGGAGGAACCGGAGGACGAUGAAAGACGAGACGAGGAGAUUGACGAAUCAGAAAGACAGAUCGAAACAGAGAUCGAUGAGGAUAAUGAGACUGAGAGAAAUGAGACUAAAGAAUCAUCGAUACCAAAUUUUUCCACAUCCCUGGCAGCCCUCGAGAAUCAAGUGAGAACGAUAACAACGAUGGCAUCUGUUGAUCGUACAUCACCGAUGGAUAGAUACAAUAGUGAGAAAAGCAAUAGUCCACCAAGUUCAAUUGUGGGUACACCACUUGAUCUGACACCACGUGCCUCAUCAACACCUGGCUCUGUCGUAUCAACAACAACACCACCACCACCAGCCAAUAUUCAUCACUCUCAUACAUUUGGAAUGUUUGCCGGACUACUGCAGGCAGUGUCAUCAUCACCGACCUCAGUCAACAAUAUCCAAUCGUCUGGACCCAUCAACAGCAUAGCAACAAUGAAUAAUCCGGGUAAUGGGGGAAAUCCCGGGGCCCUAGCAUCACUAACUACAUCAGCCGUACUAGCUGCAUCAUCAACCUACAAUCCGCUAGGUCUCGCUGUCGGAGGCCCAGCAGUACGUGGCAACACAACGUGUAAUAUCUGCUACAAAACAUUCGCGUGUAACUCCGCACUGGAGAUACACUAUCGGAGUCACACGAAGGAGCGGCCGUUCAAAUGCACCAUUUGUGACCGUGGCUUCUCAACAAAGGGAAAUAUGAAGCAGCACAUGUUGACCCACAAGAUUCGCGAUAUGCCGCCCCACCUGUUCAGUGACAAACAGGUGGGUCAACAGACACCUCAGCACAAUCAGGAUCAGGAGAAUUCCCAGAGUUCGAUUUGUACCGAUGAAUCGAGUCUACCGCCACCACCACCGCCACCCCCGCCCUUACCACCACCGCCAUCGCCAAUGCCGAUUGAAGCCCCGAUGCCAGUGAAACGAUCACCCACCGAGGGUGAUCUCCCAGCACCCAAGAGGCCGAGCAUGUCGAGUAAGCACUUGUGCCAGGUUUGCAAUAAGAAUUUCUCGUCAUCCUCGGCGCUCCAGAUCCAUAUGAGAACGCAUACGGGCGACAAGCCUUUCCGAUGCACCGUCUGCCAGAAGGCCUUCACCACCAAGGGCAAUCUCAAGGUGCACAUGGGUACGCACAUGUGGACCAACGGUGCGUCACGAAGGGGCAGAAGGAUGUCACUGGACCUACCACCACUACCAAUCACACCCAAGGACUCGGAGUUUCUUCAACGACGACCGGAUCUCUUCUACCCAUAUCUACCCGGGCCAUUCCUUAAUGGCGUACAGCAGAAACUGAACGAGAUAUCAGUGAUACAAAGUAAUAAUGGAUUGCCAGUUAGUCAUCCAGUAUCAGGGAGUAAAUACGCUGGUCUAUUCGGUACGAUAUAUGGAGGUGGUUUGAGUAAUUCAACAAGUGGUAAUGGUUUUUCAAUGGAAAAACAACCGGUUGUAACAUCAAACAGUCCACUUGAUGAUGGUAAACCACUAGUGCCAUCGGGCUCAAUGCUAUUUCAUACACCAUCACCAUCAAAUUCACCUGGCACACCGUCUUCCAAUACUGGUAAUCAAAAUUCAGCUAGUGUACCUACUUGGAAUAGUGAAAGUAUCCAGCAUCAUUAUGAUCGUCAUGGUCCAACGAGAGAGACGGAGAGUGAUACAGCGACACCAGCAGCACCGAGAUUACCACCACCUGCAAAUAGAGGUGAAGGAUUAGCCGCAUAAAUAUAAUUACUAUUGUUUCAAUCAAGAAAACAACAAUUUCAAUAAGUGAAAAUCAUUUAUCAUAAAUUGGUGAAACAUUAUCAUUGAUAUCUCGAGACGGAGGGGUUGAUCGUUCAAUCAUCACGUCUCAUUAGAACGCUGAGGAAAUUUCCGAUCGAUCACCGUGCGAUAAAACCCGCGUUCGAUAAAAUCGAUAAUAACCCAUAGAAUCGAUUUUUUCGAAUUAACUGGGGUAAUUUAAUUUUCUCGGUACUUCGGAAUCUAUAGUAAAGAUAACGAUACGAUAUCACAUGGUUUUGAAUCGGAAACUUCCAUGGCUAUUCACCGAUAUUAUCCCCAUCACCCCCCCCCCCCUUUCCCCAAAUUCAUUGAUGCAUUUUAAAUAAACCAAAAAGACCCUCGGGGCAUUUUUCAACUCUCAAUAAUUCCAAGGGAACUUGUUGAAAUAAAUAAUACUGAAUAAUAUCCAGUUUGAAAUGACAUCAUGUUCCUAUUAUCAACUAGUCUUAAUCGCGAAAAAACGAACAAAUGAAAAAUAAAUCGAAAGGACGACAUUGAAAA